AGACCGGUGUGUGGGUCCUCACAGAGCUGUGCCCCACCUGUAAAUCGCACGGCUAGGCCUUUCCUGGGGGAGCCUAAGUGUGUGUGGGGGGUCGGUCCAGGUGAAAGCUGGUGCCACCAUGGGAGGCACCUGCCUGGGGCAGGAUGAGCACGAUCCCGGAAAGCUGGUCAGGUGUGUUGCUCACCUGGACAGCUGCCUGGUCCUGCAGGGCGUCCGAACAGAAGGCUUCAUUAGGGGCCGAGGCCGUGGGGUAGGAGGAGAGGCUGUGGGGUAGGAGCGGGGAGAUGGGAUCGUUUCUUAGCCUGCAUGCUGUCUCUCUCCCAUGUUCGGUCUCUCUCCCGUGUGCAGUGUCUCUUCCACACUCACUUCGUGGGGGUGCUCAUACCACCUCAGCCCCCGGGUUAAAACGUCCCUCAGGCGAUUGCUGUUCCUUUAACACAGGACAGUCCAAGGCGAGCCUGGAAAUAGAUGACUCUCAGCCGAGGGAAGCAGGCCUGUGCCACGAACCCGCUAGUGCGGCAGCUGAUCACUGCCCCCCACCCCCACCCCCAGUUUCUUUCCGGUUUCCAGAUGUUCAUCACGGGCUCCUCGGUGGCGGCCGGAGCCACGGGAAGGCUCCUCUUCGGCCACGACAGCUUCGGCAACGUGUGCGGCAGGAAGAACUCCCCCAUCGAAGGGGCCCCUCUUUCCGGGCAGGACAUGACCCUAAAAAAACACGUGUUCUUCAUGGAUUCCUGCCACCUGGACGUCAGGGAUGGCCGGCUCGGCUCCACCGCCCUCUGUGUGGCCAGCUGCCCCGAGGAGCAGCUCCACACCCUGGACGAAGUGCAGCUCUUCGCCAACAACACUGGGUCCUUCCUGUGUGUGUACAGCUUGAGUCCCGCCAACUACACCCAGAAUCCCGGUGCAGCCUCACUGUGCCCCAGGCUCCCAGUGCCUCCCAGCAAGUCUUUCCCCCUGUUUAACCGCUGCGUCCCCCAGACGCCGGAGUGCUACUCCCUGUUCGGGUUUGUCCUGAUCAACGACGCUGACGCCCUCCAGCGCGCGCUCGGCGGGAUCAUGUCGGGAAGAAACACGAUCCUGGGCCUGUGCGUCCUCGCACUGGCCUUGUCUUUGGCCAUGAUGCUCACCUUCCGCGUUGUCACCCGCCUUCUGGUUCACACUUUGGUCGCGUUGGUUACUGUGGGGCUGCUGUUUGUCUGUGGCGUCCUGUGGUGGCUGUAUUACGACUACAGCGCUGACCUCAGCGUGGCGCUGGACACGGAAAGGGACAACGUGACCUGCUUGCUGGGCUUUGCUGUGGUGGCCACGGUUCUCACGGCCGUUCUGCUGGUGCUGAUUUUUAUCCUGAGAAGGAGAACGAAGUUGGCAGUCGAGCUUCUGCAGGUCACAAACAAGGCCAUCAGCCGCUGCCCCUUCCUGCUGCUCCAGCCGCUGUGGACGUGUGCCGUCCUCCUCCUCUUCUGGGCGCUGUGGGUGGCCGUGCUGCUGAGCCUGGGCACCGCAGGAGCGGCCCAGGUCACCGCAGGGGGACGGGUGGAGUACCAGCCUCUCUCCGGCCUCCGCUACAUGUGGGGGUACCACCUCCUGAGCCUCGUCUGGACCAGCAACUUCAUCCUCGCCUGCCAGCAGAUGGCGGUGGCGGGGGCCGUGGCCGCCUGCUACUUCAACAGGAAUGAACAGGACCCUCCCCAUCGCCCCAUCCUGUCGUCUCUCUCCAUCCUUCUCUGCUACCACCAGGGGACAGUGGCGAAAGGGUCGCUUUUGAUCACCGUGGUGAGGGUUCCACGAGCCGCCCUCAUGUUCAUUUCCAGGGCCCUGAAGGACAAGCGGAGCGCCUGGUCCAGGUGCCUGCUCAGGUGCUGCUCCUGCUGCCUCUGCUGCCUGGACACACACCUGCGCCAUCUCCACCAGAAUCUUCACGUGUCCAGAAAUCUGUGUUUUCCCAACCAUUUAAAACAUGUGAAGAGUGUGGUUCCCUCCGGUGGGGGCCAGCGGGCUGCCGGCGGCCGUGGGCUGGGCGCGCAGGCCUAAAGGGGACAGCUCGUUGGCGCCAUUCUUCAAAUUCGGAAAGAAAGGCGCCGCUCUUCUCAGAGCUCAGCGGAAGGGGCAGAGAUCAGCGAGUGCAGUCUGUCAGCGACAGCUCGUUCUCAGCGUCUUCUCCGCGACUGUCAUUUCCCUGAAACAGGAAGAGCUGCCCCCCUGACUUUAUGUAUUUCCCUGCCUUUCCCGCUCAAGCUGUAAAUAUAUUCCUGUAAAAGUCAGGAAAGCUGCACACUGUGAUGGUUUGAAUUUCAGAUGUUUUUUUCUCUCUGGAGUCUCUCAAACUGAGGAAAUUUGCGUAUGUUUUAUGUUUCUGUCGCUAAUCUAGGAGAUUUUAAUAGCCCUUCGUCACGUGUAUGCAAAGCUGUGUUUUUGUGAGGGAGCAGGCUGUUUUCAUUUAAGCAUCCACAGAAUCUCACUUAGCCAAGCUCUUCUGCGCUAAAGACGUGAGCACUGAUUGGACGUCCUUGUUUACGGCUCCUAAGUGGCACCAAGAACGCCUCUCAUUGUUGGGGGAGAGGGGAGUCUUCUGUGCUCAAGCCCUAUCUUUAAGGCUCUUCCUAAGGACCUGGGAGUGCCUUUCGUUUCCACUGGGGCUGCCGUGAGCCAGCAGGUAUGACUCAGUGAGACCCCGCACCUUUCAGAGGAGUGGGCGGAGCCGGGCCUGGGGCUGCCUGUCACCGUGGACUAGGCCCGCCUCCCUCCUCAGAGCUGUGCACCAUCCAGACACCGCUUACUCCACAGAGACCCGCGAUGUGUUAUGAAAACGUACCGGGAUAAGGGGCAUGGGUACAGGAAAAGCAAGGCUGAGAAGGCGGGGGCGGACUAGAAAGACAACAGUAGCAGGACCGCCAAUAGGCAAAUAUGGCCCAGCCGGCGGGCUCAGUGGGUGUGCGUCGGCCUGUGAACCAGGUUCCAUUCAGGUCAG